AUGUCUUCCCUUCGCUUGACCUUUCUGUACCCUCACCUGUUCCGAGCUGUUCGCUUCGGAGAGUCCGCGGCACAAACGACGAAGAGCCGAUAUCGCAAGCCGUCGAACCAACGUAACCCAUACGCCGCAUCAUUUGCAACUUCGACUCGAGCGAGACAGGCCGUUUUCGAAAGGCAUGGCAAGGCCGUAGAGCCCUUGCCUGUCCCGCCAGAUGUCUUGAAUUUGCCAGAGCCGGAUAAGAUCGAUGCUCGAGCGCCGUCCUCCGAAGCAGCACCACCACCAGACAAGAAGGAAGCAGCUCAGGAAAAGGGACCUAGCAAGGACGCCCCAGCUAAGGAGUCGGGGGAGGCUGCUGAUGAGACACAAAUGGCCGACCAGUCCACGAUCAUUCCUCCAAGAGGGACAGGAGGUACUGGCUCAGCAUCUCCGACUCCACAGCAAGCUGCAGCAGAGGCGAGAAUGCAGACGAGCGGUCCCAUGGAAGCAGUGCUUCACAUGCCGCCGCCGAGCGCGACGCAUCAUCCACACAUAUCAACGCCACCAUACGUACACCACUUCGACAGCUACACGCUUGUGAAGCAGCUGCAAAACGACGGUUACACUGUGGAACAGGCUAUCACGGUCAUGAAGGGCGUCAGGGCGUUGCUGGCCCAGAACCUGGAUUUCGCACAGGAAGGGCUCAUUAGUAAGAGCGAUGUUGACAAUGAGACAUACCUGUUCCGCGCCGCCUGCUCGGAACUGAGCGCCGAAGUCCAUAAGAACAGGAAAGCCGCCGAUGAGCAAUCUCGCCAGCAGCGGACACAUUUGCAGCACGAGGUCGACAUCCUGAGCCAGCGCAUGAGCCAGGACAUCAUGACCCUCAAGGACGAUGUCAAGGGCAUGUUCAAUGAUCGCAGGCAGAACGUCCGGGAGGAACAGAGGCACAUGGAUAGCUCGAUCCAACAAAUAAACCUGAAAAUCAGCGUUACGCUCAACAGCGAUUCGAGGUCCGAGAUCGAAGGCUUGCGAUGGAUCUUGAUCCGUCGAUCUGUUCUGGGAAUCAUCUUCAUGGCCGUCCUAACACUGGGCACUUUGCGCUACACGACCUAUCUCGGCCAACAGAGGCAAAAGGAGGCGGAUAGGGAGAAACGUCACGCCGAGGCGUUGAAGCAGAACGCUGGCAGGGAGGAUCACGCGCCGCCGGUUGACGCGGCGGAGAUAUUGGCGGCUAACUGA